AUGAAAAAUUAUGCUUUAUGCCUUUUUUUUAUAAUGUCAAUUUUAGGAUCUCAGAUUGGGACUACUGAGGUGAAAUCUUUAUUUAGAAAUUUAUAUAAAAAGUUUACUAGAAAUUAUUCCAUUGUAUCAAAUGAAUAUGAUUCUUAUUUUGGUGAAAUAGAAAAGAAUAAAGAAAAGAGUAAGUAUUCCUGCAAGUAUUUGAAAUACUGGUUUUAUGAUCAAGCAAUAGCUAAUAAUAUUAACGAAUCUGAUAUUGAUUUUUUCCCUUCGUUAUGGAGUAAUCUAGUGAGGAGUUUGCCUGGUAUUAGGGAUUUUCCGUGCAAAUUUUAUAGUUUAAAAUUAGAUGAAAUUAAAGAAAUAAAACAAUUGUAUGAUUACUUUGCAUUGUAUGAUGGAUAUCCUGAUGAAGCCCUUAGAAAUUUUAAAAUAUAUGAUAGUGUGCACUGUAAAUAUUUUAAAGAAGCAAUUGAUUUUUAUAAGCGUAUGAAAAGCAGGUGUCCAAAUAAUGAAUCGAGUGAAUAUUGUAAAGAAUUUCAUGAAUACUCCGAAGACAGUAAAUUUGAGAAAGCUUUAUUAUCUUUUCGUGGAAUAUGCAAACACAAAACAUUGAAUACAACACCUGGAGGAGGUGAUGAAACCAAAGUAACACUGGAUCAGGAUCUUCAAAAAUUAGCGGAUAGGGACAAUAUUUUGAAUGACAUACUUUUGAGUCAAUUUUAUGAGGUAUUAAAUAUAGGUUUUAAUAAUUAUGAGGAGUCUCAUAUUUGUAAUAACUUAAUAAAAGACAGUAAUUCAUAUCACAUAACAAAAAUUUGUAACAAGCUGAAUGUCAUAUUGCAGAACUGGGAUAAAAUAUUAAAAUCUUUCGAAUCAGUAAUUAAUAGGAAUUAUUGUGAAUAUUUAAACUAUUGGAUACAUGAUCAAAUAAAAGAUAAAAUGUUUCGAAAGAAAACUACUACAUUGAUUUAUACCGUGUGGGAUAUUUUAAAUAAACAUAAAAUUAAUUCUAAUAAUAAAUGUUGGUAUAAGAAUUUCAAUGUACCUGAAAAAGACUUUAAAAAUAAGAAAAAAUUAUAUGAGUUUUUAGAAUAUUAUAAUGCAAUAAAAAGUAAAAUGGAAAAAAUGGACUCUUCGAAAAAAGAAGAAUACUGUGAAUACUUAAAGUCAAUCUUUUCAUUAUAUUAUACUGUGAAACAUGAAGAUUUGUGUAAAAAAUCUACAGUGUAUAAGGAUGAAGUAGAUUAUUUUCAAAAAACUAUUAAGGAUGGUGAUUUAGCUUUUUUAAAAAAAAAUUGUCCAGGUAAAAAUAUUGAAUUAUUGUUCAAAAAAGAACAGAGUUCACCUGGAAAAGGAAAUCAGAAUCCACAACUUACAAAAGGAAAGGUUAAUAUAUAUGAAAAUUAA